UUGACCUCCAGCCCCUUCUCCUUCUCCCCCAGGGCCACCACCUUCACCACGGCCAGCCGCACGUGGUUCUCCAGGCUGGCGUGGGCGUAGAGCCGGGAGGCGAUGGAGGCCAAGGGAAGAGCCGGGAGCACAUGGAAGGAGGGGGAGGCAAAAAAUCCCAAAUCACUGCUGCUGGGGAGGCAAGGGGGGGAGAGAGAAAAAGGAGGAGAGGAGGCUCGGACCCUGCAAGUAGAGAAGUUUGAGCACUUCCCACACCUCUUCCACUUCUCUGCUGUAGUCACCGGAUCAUCACCAGCAGCAGCAGCAGCAGCAGCAGCAGCAGCAGGGGCAGGGGGCAGGUCUGCUGCGACUCGGCACUUUCUCGGGCUCCGGUGGGCUCCCUUUCCUUCUUUUGCCCCCUUUUGUUUUGAAGAGAAGGAGGAGAAGGGGAGAGAAGAAAUUCAGGCACCAAAACCCGCCUCGAUCGUCUCCGGUGAGAUGGUUAAAAAGGAAAAAAAAAAAAAAAAAGCCCAAGAAGCGGAAAACGUCCCGGAUUUUUGUAAAAGCCCCCUCCCUGUAUCUUUUCUGUUGUUGUUGUUGUUAUCCCCAGUCUGUCGAUGUGAACAAGAGGAGAAGGGAGAGAAAUGUGAAGAUGAGAGGAGGUGGAACAAUGAAUUUAUAGCGGAAUGCCAUCCUGCAAUGGCAAUUUCAACAAUUCGUCACUGCAGGCUGCCUCUUAAAGGGAGAGCUUCAAAACCACCACUCCCACACUUCCUUCUCAUUUAA